UAGAUAUUGAUGUAAGAGUUGUUUACCCUGAAAAUGGCGACUAGAAUACUUUCUCCACUUUGCUCCUCUAUCAAGAAGUCUUUGCAGAGUUUUGGAGCUCAGGCAUAUUCAACUGCCCCUGUCUCAUCUUUCAAGGCCAGUGAUGUUGAGAUCACAAGAACAACUAACCCAGCUCCAAAGCCUGAGGUGUCCACUCUCAAGUUUGGCCACCAUUUCUCUGACCACAUGCUUGAGAUUGAUUAUACAAGCACGGCAGGUUGGGGUAAGCCCCGUAUAUGCCCCGUACACAAUCUCAGCCUACACCCAGCAGCCAAGUGCUUGCAUUAUGCUGUUGAGCUGUUUGAAGGCAUGAAGGCGUUCCGUGGGGAUGAUGAUAGGAUUCGUCUGUUUAGACCGAUGGAAAAUAUGCAGCGAAUGCUGAGAACGUCAGAAAGAUCUUGCCUGCCGUUGUUUGAUGGCCGGGAGUUGGUGGAGCUGAUCAAGAAGCUGAUCAGUAUUGAUGCAGACUGGGUACCCAAGUCUACGACAGACUGCCCUAGCUCCAUGUAUAUCAGGCCCACAUCCAUAGGGACAGAGCCCCAACUUGGAGUAUCUCGUUCCUCCAGUGCGACCCUGUUUGUGCUGAUAGGCCCCGUAGGUCCCUACUACCCCACUGGCAUGGCCCCUGUUAAACUGCUCGCUGACCCCAAAUUUGUGAGGGCCUGGCCGGGGGGAUCUGGUGGAUUCAAAAUGGGCAGCAACUAUGCCCCAACAAUGGCAGUCCAAAACGUCGCGGCAGAGAAAGGUUGUCAACAGGUACUCUGGCUCUUUGGUGACGACCACCAGCUUACAGAGGUCGGGGCCAUGAAUCUCUUCACGUUCUGGGUGAACGAACAAGGAGAGAAAGAACUGGUUACUGCUCCAUUGAAUGGUCUGGUUUUGCCGGGAAUCACAAGAAAAAGUUUGCUGGAGCUUAGCAAGAAAUGGGGUGAAUUUAAAGUGACAGAGCGAGACUAUACCAUGAAGGAAAUUACCAAGGCUUUAAACGAAAACAGGCUAUUGGAGAUGUUUGGUGCGGGUACAGCUUGUGUGGUGAGCCCGGUAGAAGGUGUGCUAUACAAUGGAGAGAUGCUGAAGAUACCCACUAUGACCAAUCCCUAUGUCACAAACAGAUGCAUGAAGGAACUCCUUGAUAUACAGUAUGGGCGUACUUCAAGUGACUGGGUAGAAUAUUUGGAGUGAUGCAAUCCUGUGAUUUUGUGAAGAGUUUCGAAGGUUGUACCAUGUGACCAUUUUGUGAUGACCAUGUGAUCAUCAGGUGACAACCAUGUGACCAUCAUUUGACGACUAUGUGACCAUCAUGUGACAACCAUGUGACGACCAUGUGAUCAUCAUGUGACAACAAUUUGACCAUCAUGUGUCGACCAAUCAGCUUGUCUGUGUUAAUAAAUGUGGCCCUAAUCAAUGACAAAAGCUGCGCAUGCAUUGAAUGAAUUUUUCAUAACUUUGAACCAGUAUUUGCAUGGUAUUUUAGAUUUUAAAUUAGCCAUAUCAUUUUAAUCUUGCUUCUCAACGUCAUCAGCUAGUGUAGUAUUUUUUUGAAAACGAUAGUUGGAUGUUUUGUCAUUAUACCCCCACAAACAAAGUUUGAGGGGGUAUAUAGGAGUGAGCUUGUCGGUCGGUCGGUCAGUCGGUCUGUCUGUCGGUCGGUCUGUCGGUUUUCAUGGUUUCCGGACGAUAACUCAUGAAAGGCUAGACAGAUUUGAACAAUUUUUGGUACACAGGUGUAACAUCAGAAGAUACAGGUCAAGUUCGAUAUUGGGGCUGGUGGGGCCAAGGUCAAGGUCACUGUCCCUAAAAAUAGAAAAACGGUAUCCAGACGAUAACUCAUGAAAGGCUUGACAGAUUUGAACAAUUUUUGGUACACAGGUGUAACAUCAGAAGAUACAGGUCAAGUUCGAUAUUGGGGCUGGUGGGGUCAAGGUCACUGUUACUAAAAAUAGAAAAACGGUUUCCGGACGAUAACUCAUGAAAGGCUAGACAGAUUUGAACAAUUUUUGGUACACAGGUGUAACAUCAGAAGAUACAGGUCAAGUUCGAUAUUGGGGCUGGUGGGGCCAAGGUCAAGGUCACUGUCCCUAAAAAUAGAAAAACGGUAUCCAGACGAUAACUCAUGAAAGGCUUGACAGAUUUGAACAAUUUUUGGUACACAGGUGUAACAUCAGAAGAUACAGGUCAAGUUCGAUAUUGGGGCUGGUGGGGCCAAGGUCAAGGUCACUGUUACUAAAAGUAGAAAAACGGUUUCCGGACGAUAACUCAUGAAAGGCUAGACAGAUUUGAACAAUUUUUGGUACACAGGUGUAACAUCAGAAGAUACAGGUCAAGUUCGAUAUUGGGGCUGGUGGGGCCAAGGUCAAGGUCAUUGUUACAAAAAAUAGAAAAACGGUUUCCGGACGAUAACUCAUGAAAGGCUUGACAGAUUUGAACAAUUUUUGGUACACAGGUGUAACAUCAGAAGAUACAGGUCAAGUUCGAUAUUGGGGCUGGUGGGGCCAAGGUCAAGGUCUCUGUUACUAAAAGUAGAAAAACGGUUUCCGGACGAUAACUCAUGAAAGGCUAGUUUUUCUUGUCAGCAGUGUAACUUCUAAAUUACUCAACAGAUUUAAAUAAAACAAUACAUGCAUGAUAAAAGAAGAUGCAGUGUGCAGUAACCUUGGAGUUAUGGCCUCUUUUCAAAGGAAUGGUUUGCCAUUCCUGUGUCCAGGCGGCAUUUGGGGGUAUUCGUCACUCCUAUGACAGCUCUAGUUUUAGAAGGCCAAAUAAUAUGGCUGGUGCCAUUAAGUCAAGUAUUUAUUCAAAUGUUAUCAUAUGAUUACACACAUAGUUAAUAUUUGUGAAGAUUGUUGUUACAAUUUUUAAUGGAACAAAAUAUCUUUUGAAGCCUUAUUUUCUUCAAAUUAAUAUGCUCAGAUUGAUUUGCUUCACAAUUUUAAUUCAGCUGAAAUGAAUCUCAUAAAUGUUUUGUUCUUGAAAUAUUACAUGGCAUUGUUUUAACAGUGGUAUUACUUUAGUUAUGUUUUAUUUCUUAGUUUGUUAACUUUGAGGGUCCGAUGUUUUGUUUAAAUGUUAUGGAAACAUUAGAAAAAAACAACUAAAGGUUGAAAGAUGUAAGUACCCGAAUCCUUAUAUUAGUGCUUGCAACACAACAAAUCAACAAGCCCUGCCACAUAAAGUCCAGAAUCGAGAAAGCGUUGACCAGUGCAGGGCUUGCGGGGUUGUGGUUAUUCUGACCACUGCUAUGAUUUCAAGAAUAGUUAUCUGUUUUAAAUAGUAUUUUAUGUCAAUUUUCUGUGUCUGUGCGGGUUUAUAGUCCAUCAAACAUUAUUUUAAGACUUACCUCCUUAACAAAUGGCAUGAUAUCUUAGUUUGUUUUAUCAUCAAUAUAAUAUUAAGUAGUUAAUGGUUUUGUUUCUAGUUUUUAAAGUGUUUUAACCAUUUUGUUACACACUAUGUCCUUUUAGGCCAUAUGAAAACAUGCAUACGGUAAUCUCAAUAACAUGAACUUGAACUUCCAAAAAUUCAGUAUUUAAAAUUAACAACAUUGUUAACUUGAUCAUCUUAAAGGUUAAAUACUUAAUAAUGUGCUCAUAUAUUUUCUUAAACAAGCACAGCUGAAACAGUUUUCUUUAAACUUGCAAGAAGUACUGCAUAUCAAAAGUAUGUCGGUGAAACUUGCAGAGGAAUUAAGAUUUUAAAGUAAAUGACAGUAUUGUUAACAACAUGCUGUGCUUGAAUAAGUUUUAAAGGGGCUGUACUCCGUAUGAUGAAAUAGCGAAAAAAAAGAAAGAAGAAAAUUGUCGAAAACUGACAUAAACUUGGUAUCCAUGUGUACAAUGCAUUGAUACUUACUAACUGAAGUACCACAUUAAUUUUACAAUUAAUUUAUUUUUGGCAUUUUUUUCGUAUUUUUCCAUUAAAAAAAGAUUACUAGGUGUGUCUACCUAGUAGAAUUCAUUCCUCAUGCGUGAUUGGCUGGUCAAUGUUAUCACGUGAUAUUAAAAAGUUAGGUUCAAACCCUGUCUCCGUCUCCAUUUUUUUUUACAAUUUGGGAUUUUUUUUACAAUUAAGAUGUCAAACUAGAGUAAAACAUUUUAAUAAAUAAUUGGCUGAGAUUUUUUACAGAAAAAAACUUUUUUUGGUGCCAAUCUUGUUGUGUACAGUCCCUUUAAGGGUCAUGGUGUUAUUCACAUAUCAUGUUGAGAAUGAGUUUCUUUCAUAUGCUUAGUAUACAUGUAUUUUAGAUCUGAUGAAAUUAUUUUAAACAAACUUUUAAAUUUUCAAUUUACAAUGUAUUGUAUUCCAUAGAUGAAGAUAUUAAAUAAUGCUCAAUUUGUUUUACACAUGCAUUUUUUUAUUCAUUCUCUCUCUAUAUAAGAAAUAAUAAUUUAUUAUAGUUAAUGCUACAUUUGAAUCUCAGUAUAAAUUACUACAAGAAUGUGAAGGUCUCCUAUUUAUUAGUGUGAGAAUGUUAUUUCAACUGCCAUGUUUUAUGGAUCAUAUACAGUUUACAUAGUGCAUAAGUAUUGAAAAUUGUUAGUUUAGAUGAAAUAGAUUUAUAUUUGAGCUUGUUAGUAUUCAAUAAAAAUAAAAGUAAAUGAACUACAGUGUAUAUGAAUUUUAAACUUCUCUAUGCACUGAAUUUAUUCAAACUUACUGAAUCUUAUAAGAUGUUAUUAAAUGUGAAUAUUUACCAAUAAACUUACAUGUAUUUUAAUUUUAAAGGCAAUGUUUGUACUGUCCUUAUCAAAGUAGAACUUUUUGUAGUGUUCAACUUUAAACUUGUUUUCUGAUGCAUGUAAAUUAAAGCUGCAUCUAGCAUUUCGAAAUCUUGCUGGCUGAUGUAAUUAUGUCACAGAAAUGAUGACAAAAUAGUGUCAUCUGCAUACUCCCAUGCUAAAAAUAUAACAGUAUUUAAUAGAGUGGUUUUGAUGCCAUACAGCGAUCUUGAACGGGCUUACUCACAGAUUUUAUUUUGGCAACACUACACCAUUACUGUCAGAGUUAUUUCACUUACUUUUAUCAACAAACACCUAACACUGCCUAACACCGGCCUAACAGUAGCUGGUGUAUCCUCAUUUGAACAGAGUUGUUAGUCUAAGCAGAAAACAAUUCGAUUUCCAAUAGCUUUACUAAUGCCACAGAUCUAUAAACUAUAGGUUUAUAGUUCUGUGCUAAUGCUAAUUGGCUAAAUAUUGAAUUUCCUUCACAUUUUCAAAACUAUAUUAACAAAAGAGCUCCAAUUUGAACUGUAAGUAUAAUGAAAAUAAACGGGGGAAAAAACAACACACAUUUUGUUAACAUUUUACCCAAGUUUUUCUUGACAUUAGAUCCUACAUAACUUGAAGAAGUCAUUGUAAUCAAUGUACCUGUAUAAAAUGUUACGAAUCUAGGCAGUCAGGAAGGUGUGUGAAAAAGUUUGAAGUAUUAAGUUGCUUAUUUCUUGUUGCAUUAAAUUGUUUUAGUUGUUUUAUCUUACAGACAAUGAUAAUUUCUCAAACGCUACAUCAAAUUGUUUUUGUGUAAAAUACCUGAAAGUCAAAUUUUGUCCCCAACGCCUGGCAUUGCUAGAUGUGACUCAUCAUACGGAUUCAUGUACAUGUAUGUUAAUCAUUUACUUGCUACAUUUUUAUGUUCCAUUUAGCGAGCAGCUUGAGAUGCUAAUGAAAAGGUUGUUAAGCAUGUUUGAAUCUGCACUAUAGUCUAGAUAUGACAUUACUUUAUUAAAAUGUUGACAUACAUGGUAUUAUGGGAAGUAUUUCCUUUUACUAUUCAGGAUAUUGUAAAAACAGUUAACAGUUAUCAUUGAAUUUGCUUGUAUUUUGCUUUACAACCAAUUCACGGAGUCAUGCUUGCUUUACCAUUACAUUGUCUUGUUUUGUUUGUACAUGUGUGUUUAUAAAUAUAAAUACAUAUUUUAAAUUAAGUGUUUUUGUGUUAC